AUGAGCAAUUGUGGAUCCCAAGAGAAAAUCGUGAUCACAUUUGACACCGAUCCGCAGUACUAUUUAAAGUCACUUACCUAUGCGGGAAUCAUUGGUUUAUUCGUGAACUCUUUCGGCGCUUAUGUCAUCCUUUUCCGAUCACCCGCUCAUUUCAAAACCUAUCGCUGGCAUUUAUUGAACUAUCAGGUCUGCUCAAUGGGGUGCGAUGCUGUGAUGACUCUUUGCGCGGCUCCGGUUUUCUUCUUGCCGAUUCCCGUAUGCAUGCCGAUGGGACUAUUCAAUGCAAUGGGGAUGAACCCUGGAUUGCAGAUGGCAAUUAUCCUCUCCUUUACCUAUUUCAUCUUUCUCACUCCGCAUUUCAUCUUUCUCCCAGCCACUUUCGAGAAUCAAGCCGCGAAAAAGGUGCAAUUGUUGGCGGAUCAUCCAGUUUAUCAAGAGGUUUGGGCAGGAAAUGUUUCAAAGAUCGAUGAAAAAGUGAUCAUCUUUUAUAUGAAUGGAGACAAUUCUCUUGCCAAGUAUAUCAUUGCCGAGACAGUGCUUGGAGCGAUUCUCGGCUUCACAAUGAGCUGGUUUUGGAUGCACACUGUGUACAUUUUUCGACAAAAGGGCAAAUACUCGAAUGCAACAAAACAGCUACAGUACAAGAAGUACUUGGUGAAUCUCAGCUCACAGAUGACUGUUCCAAUGAUGACCAUGAUGUAUCCAGGCUCACUUCUCGGUUUAGUCAUCAUCUUUCAAGUGUGGAAUGUUCAAGAAAUUGUUCAAAUUGCAAUCUUUUUGUUUUCUUGUCACGGGAUUGUUGGAACGAUAUCGAUUCUUUUAAUGAAUGAACAUUACAGGAAUUAUUUGAGUGAACGCUUUUUUAGCGCUCAAGGCGCUCAAGGCGCUCAAGGCGCUCAAGGCGCUCAAGGCGCUCAAGGCGCUCAAGGCGCUCAAGGCGCUCAAGGCGCUCAAGGCGCUCAAGGCGCUCAAGGCGCUCAAGGCGCUCAAGGCGCUCAAGGCGCUCAAGGCGCUCAAGGCGCUCAAGGCGCUCAAGGCGCUCAAGGCGCUCAAGGCGCUCAAGGCGCUCAAGGCGCUCAAGGCGCUCAAGGCGCUCAAGGCGCUCAAGGCGCUCAAGGCGCUCAAGGCGCUCAAGGCGCUCAAGGCGCUCAAGGCGCUCAAGGCGCUCAAGGCGCUCAAGGCGCUCAAGGCGCACUACUAUUAGAGAAAAUACGAUAUUAUUUAUACACAGUGAGUGGUGAAGAGCGAACGCAAGCGAUUUCAUUGAAUGCUGUCUUGCAAAGUUCAAAGAAAAACUCGACUCGACCAUCAACUGCUCAACCGGCAAUCAUUAUGGGA